AUGGAACCUUCCUUAAACCAUCCAGCAUCUAAUAAAACCAAUGCAAAUAGCAACAACUCUGCAUUUUUCUACUUUGAGUCCUGUCGACCCUCUCCUCUAGCCUUGCUCCCAUUACUCAUAGCCUAUACUGUAAUCUUAAUUGUGGGCCUUUUCGGAAACCUCUCUCUCAUCAUUAUCAUCUUCAAGAAACACAGAGAAACUCAGAAUGUCACCAACAUACUGAUUGCCAAUCUCUCUCUCUCUGACAUCUUGGUAUGUGUCAUGUGCAUCCCUUUUACUGUCAUCUACACUCUGAUGGACCACUGGAUAUUUGGAGAUAUCAUGUGCAAACUCACUUCCUAUGUGCAGAGUGUCUUCAUUUCUGUAUCCAUAUUCUCACUUGUGUUAAUUGCUGUUGAAAGAUAUCAGCUGAUUGUGAAUCCCCGUGGCUGGAAGCCCAAUGUGUCUCAUGCCUACUGGGGUAUCACAACAAUUUGGCUAUUUUCCUUUUUGAUGUCGAUUCCUUUCUUCCUGUCCUACCACCUCACUGAUGAGCCCUUCCACAAUCUCUCUCUCCCCACUGACUUCUACACCCACCGGUUAGCCUGUGUAGAGAACUGGCCCUCCAAAAUGAACCAGCUCCUCUUUACUACCUCCAUGUUUAUGCUCCAGUAUUGUGUCCCUCUGGGUUUCAUCCUCAUCUGCUACCUGAAGAUUGUUAUCUGCCUCCACAGGAGAAAUGGAAAGGUGGACAGGAAAAGAGAAAGUAAAAGCCGGUUCAGUGAGAACAAGAGGAUUAACACUAUGUUGAUCUCCAUUGUAGUGACUUUUGGAGCCUGCUGGUUGCCCUUGAAUAUCUUCAAUGUCAUCUUUGACUGGUAUCACGAGGUGCUGAUGAGCUGCCACCAUGACCUGGUAUUUGUAGUCUGCCACUUGAUUGCUAUGGUUUCUACAUGUAUAAACCCUCUCUUUUAUGGCUUUCUCAACAAAAAUUUCCAGAAGGACCUGGUGGUGCUUAUUCAUCACUGCUGGUGCUUUACACCUCGGGAAAGAUAUGAAAAUAUUGCCAUCUCCACUAUGCACACAGAUGAAUCCAAGGGAUCAUUAAGACUGGCUCCUACGUCAACAGGUAUAUAA